GCCACCGUCUCCCAGUCCUCCAUAGUUGGUUGUGUGCAUCCGAAAUCGGGAAAUGGACACGACAUUUAAACACAAAUCCAUAAAUGCUGUGCUUGCCUGUGUGCUCGUGUCAUUCUUACACAAAAUCUGCUUUGCUGAUAAAAUUUGUACAGUCCUCUCAGACCCUGUCAUAAUUAAAGAGAACAACACAGCUGACACUGUUCUUGUCCGUAUUAACACAACGGCAAAGGAUGUCACGCUGAAUAUUACAGAGAAUCCUGGGAAUGUAUUUUAUCUGAAAGGUUUUGACCUGAUGGUAAAGAAAGGCCUGGACUUUGAAACUCUUUUAGGUCCUGAAGAACUAACUGUUCAAGUUCGAUGUAAUAAAACUGGCUUCAGAAGUACUACUCUGACCAUGCUUGUUCGCGUUGAGAAUAUCAAUGACAACCCUCCUACAUUUGACAAGAGCGAGUAUACGCUUAAUGUAAAUGAGCUUACACCAGUUAAUUCUAGCAUUGGUACAAUUGAAGCCACAGAUGAAGAUUCAGAAGUUCUGUAUUACACGAUGGAACAAACAAUGAGCAGGAACUUUCGAUUGGAGUCCAUCUAUACCCCCAAAAUCCUUGUGAACAAAGUUUUAGAUUAUGAUGUCGUCCAACAGGUCAAACUGAUAUUGUAUGUUCAGGAUACUCCACCUCCUGGACAUCCGGGUGAAUCGUCUUUCACAGCCUCAGCGACCAUCAUCAUCAAUGUAAAAGACAUUGACAACCGUCCUCCGUGGUUUCAGCCAUGUACAAGAGUACCUCUUGGCAAUGCCAAACUCUGCCUGAGUUUGGGCUACAAAGGAAGAGUCAAUUUAACAGAGAAACAGGACGGAGCCCUGCAGUUGCAGCCGGGUCCGGUGUAUGCCAGAGACGGAGAUAAAAGCAGAAAUGAAGAGAUAAGCUAUAAAAUAGUUAAAGGAAAUGAAGACAAUAUGUUUCAGAUUGAUGAAAACUCUGGCAACAUCACCAUGUUGAAGCCGGCAGAUGUAGCCGGUCCCAUAUCACUCUUAGUACUGGCCUCCCAGGUAUCAAACAGAGACCAGUUUGCCACCACUACAGUAACAGUUGACGUCAAGAAAAAGAGCAGAAAUCCUCCAAGGUUUGAGAAGGAAAGAUAUGAAGCGUAUGUUUACAGUAAUUCAGGCCCUGAAAACAUGGUGCUACGGGACCGGACAUCAAACAGACCUUUCAGAAUCCGCGCGAGGGAUGAAGAUUUCGCAGGUGGAAUCAAUCCUGAUGUUAGAUAUGAAGUCCAAUAUAGCAGCUAUGUUAAUAUCACAACAGACGGGUUUUUACUUCUGAAGAAAGCAGUUCGCACAGAUUCCUUUGCUUUGCAGCUUCGGGCGGUUGAUGUGUCCACUGGUGAGUCGGGGACAUCCACACUUUCUGUGGUUGUGUUACCAACGGCGGGGGUCCAGACGACCGAAGAGACUUACCGCGCCGGAGACAUGGCUCUGCUGGGUUUCGUGAUGGCCGCUCUGCUGGUGCUGUGCCUCAUCGUGAUUGGCUAUCUCAUUUCCCGCGUCAAGAAGGGGAAUCCUGACGCGUUCAAGUUGUCUGAGUGUUUAGGGCCAUUCUUGAAGUAUACUCAGCCCCCUAACAGGCCAAGGCCAAGAGAUAGCAUGCAGUUCACCAAUGAUGGUUUCUUAAAUGAAGGGGACACGGGGAGAUCCAGGUCCAGACGUGCCGAACUGAGAGAUCGGAGACCGGAUCCGGCUCAGGCGGGCAGUGUGAGAGCGAUACCUCGCGAGAGACAGAGGCACUGUAGCUCCUGCGGUGUCCAGGUACAUGGCAACCACAAACACCACAGCAGCCCUGCUGUCCAGUCCAGAGCGAGGCAGAGUAAAAAUAAGGUAACGUCUAUUCUGGCUAAAGAGAGGAGGAGAGACGACAGACAAAAGACAGUGUGGUUUAAGGAGAGCGAGGAUUCUUCUGAUAUCGAGGUGGAGAUCAUUCCAGACAACAUCGGAUUAAAGUCUGAAGAGGACUGGGAGAAGGCAGAGAGGGAUGUCGCUUCCCCGCCGUCGGGAGGCGGUGAAAUGGAACUGGGGGAAAUAACUACGUCGAAUACACAGGACUUGAGUAGCAGUGAAAGGGCUAUUUCUGAUAGCAGAGAUGGACUGAACACAGAAAAACAAGAUCAGUGAAGAUCAGAGAACCCCCAGCAACAAACGAGAAUCCUCUGAUCUUCAUAGACUCAAGUCUUCAGUUCGGCUGAAGUAUCUGAAGAAAUAGUCAUAAUUUGUGGCAAAACACUGAUACUUACAUGUCCAGUUUUAGGCUAUAGACUGAUUUCAGUCCGCUACCAUGUUGAAAUCGAAAGCGAGGCAGUCUAUCUGUGCUUACAGUUUUCUUCCCACCUCACCCUCGCUUUCCAUUUCAACAUGGCGGCGGCGUGAAAUCCAUCUAUUGAGAGGAAUGAGGUCAUUCUGAUGUCUUUUGUCGUUGUUUGAUGUGUGCUGCACUAAUAUGCAAAUAUAUGUUGCCUUUCUGUAUUUUAACUUAUUUUUAACUACAAUUAAAGGAAACAAUAUUUAACAUGCAAUGUUGGCUUACUGCUCUAUUUAACGAAUGAUAAAUAAUGGAAAACAAUAUUUUAUAUGAACAUGUA